AUGACAGGUACUACAAUAGAAUGGUUUGGUGCGACAACAUUUCGCCUUCGAACCAGCGGGAUUACUAUCUUUCUGGAUACGUGGCUCGACCGGCCCUCCGUAUUGCCGCGAUAUUUGGCUAUUGACAACGUGAACGAAGCGGAUUACAUCUUCAUCUCUCACGCCCACUUCGACCACCUUCCAGGAGCCGAUCGCAUCGCGAUUAAAACUGGAGCCAUCGUUGUUGCAAAUUGCGAAGCUAUCAAUCUCCUUCGUUCCGCUGGCGUCCCGGAUGAGCAACUUAUGCCUGUAUCUGGCGGAGAACGUAUACCGCUCUUCACGCGUACUGUGAGGGAUCAAGCAAGGCGCGGCGAGGUUCCAACAGCCAAAGCUCUUCCAGACCAGCCGAAAAUGCCUGAUCAUUCUCUCGCUUCUCUUGCAGUACAUGUCUGGCCAUCAUUACAUGCUUUUAUGCCCAAUCCUCAUCCCGAUCUGAUGGACACUGCAGUCGUGUACACUGGAGAAGCCUCUCCUUAUACGUGCACUUUGGACAUUACCAAUGGGAUGAAGUAUGGCCUCUUACAACUAGAUAAGCUCGUACCAAAGGACAAGAUGAAUGACGGGAUGCGUUCGUUCCUUGACUAUGUCCACGACAGGAGCACCAAUCUCUUCUCACAUUGCGAUGGUGGCCAGCUCAUGUUCAAUAUAAUCAUCAAUGGUAGCGCAAUCCUGUGGAACGCUCAUCUAGGUGCCUAUGAGGGUGUCAUCUCGAGAGUAGAGCCCAAGCCGAAGAUUGCGCUUCUCGCUAUCGCUGGGAGAGCGAACCACGAUGGACGUCCCUUCAAUGGAUCGGCUGCACAGUUUGCUGUAAAGCAAGUUCGGUGGCUCGAUCAACCGGAAACAGUGAUCUGGUGUCUGCAUGACGAUAGUUGCAUUGCACCAUACAAAGUAGAUGUCACAGGAGCUACGACAAGCGUAGAGAAGGAGACAACCUCUAGCGUACUGAGCCUAAUGCCUGGGCAAUGCACAAACCUAGACAUCUAG